CCUACCCGCUGUCAGUCAUUCACUUCCAAGCUCUCCUCAGAGACACAAUAGCCUGAAACACAGACGGAGACAGACACAAGAGACACAGUGUGUGCGUGCACCAUGGACGUUAUCAUGCCCUCCUUGCUAGGGGACGAUCCACACCUGAUGGCCGAGCCGGCGAUCCAGAUCUUCGAGCAGCCCAAGCAGAGGGGAAUGCGCUUCAGGUACAAGUGUGAGGGUCGCUCGGCUGGAAGCAUCCCCGGAGAGAAGAGCUCCGACAACAACAGGACGUACCCGAGUCUACAGAUCCUCAAUUAUUCAGGCAAGGGGAAGGUGCGGGUUUUUCUGGUGACCAAGAACGAGCCGUACCGACCGCACCCUCACGACCUGGUGGGGAAGGACUGCAAGGACGGAUUCUACGAGGCCGAGUUCGGACCAGACCGCAGAGUGAUCGCUUUCCAGAAUCUGGGGAUCCAGUGCGUGAGGAGGAGGGAAGUGAAGGAUGCGAUCGUACAGAGGAUGACCAGAGGCAUCAACCCCUUCAACGUGCCGCGGGAGCAGCUGCUGCAGACGGAGGAGUACGACCUGAACGUGGUUCGUCUGUGCAUCCAGGUUUUCCUGCAGGACGAGAACGGCCACUGCACCCGGGGCCUCAACCCCAUCGUCACCAACCCCAUCUACGACAACAGGGCGCCGAACACGGCGGAGCUCAGGAUCUGUCGGGUCAACAGAAACAGUGGGACUGUUAAAGGAGGAGACGAGAUCUUCCUACUGUGCGAUAAAGUACAAAAAGACGACAUCGAGGUGCGAUUCUUCUCCUCCGACGGCUGGGAGGCCAAAGGCUCCUUCUCCCAGGCGGACGUCCACCGCCAGGUCGCCAUCGUCUUCAAGACGCCGUCCUACUACAACACCUCCAUCACGGAGUCGAUCACGGUGCACAUGCAGCUGCGCCGACCUUCCGACCAGGAAGUCAGUGAGCCGAUGGAUUUCAGAUACCUGCCCGACGACAAAGAUCCUUACGGCUACAACGAGAAGAAACGAAGAAGAGAGCAUUUAAUGAAGAUAUCAGGAUUGUCAAGUGGUCCUUUUGCAGGUCUGGCUAUGAACAGGCCAAAGGCGGUGCCUCAGAGUAACCUCGGCCACAUGAGGAAAGACAACAUAUACCUAAGGCAGACCCCGCCGACGAUGCAGCAGCAACUCAACGUGUUCAACCAGCCCUACAACCCAGGCAGCCACAACGUGAUGAUGACGUCGCAGGCUUCAAGUCUACACAGCAGCUCUUCUUGGGCGAGUCCCAACUCGGCGCUCUCGGUGGACACGGUCACCGUAAACCCGUCCGGCUCCAUGAGCAAUCUGCUACGUGCUAACGGCAGCAGGCAGCAGCAGCAGCAGCAGCCGAACCGUGGGUCCGGUUACUCCCACAGCAGCUGUGACACCAACAACGCCCUCCCUCAGCUCUCCACGCAGGACUUGCAGUGCUUGGACACGGGUCCUCAGGCCGCCGCCAUGAACCAGUCAGAGUCCCAGCAGCUCUUCCACCAGCAGCAUCAACGGGACGACCUCUCCUCCGAGACGCAGGCCCAGAACCACAUGGGCGGCCAGAACCAAGGUCUCCAAACAAUGUGGAGCACUUUCGGUGCAGUCAACGCAGUUCAGAACUCCUACAACGGUGGCAGAGUCGUCUCACAGGGCCUGGGCUCCUACCCUUUCCUGGAGGGGAUGGAAGGGGACGACUUCCUGAAGGGUCUGGUGGGAGGAGGAUCUCAGGGCGGCUUCCAGCUGAAGCAGGAGCCCCAGAUCACGGUGGGGCAGGAAAGCCACGCGUCCGUCAUGCACUCCCCGAGGGAAAGCCAAGGAAAUACUUACCACAACCUGCUGCCUCGUCCCAUGAGCAACGGCACCAACAUGAAUCUGCUGAGGCAGGACGGCAGCGGCGCCACCCAGGCUCUCACGAAUCUGCAGAAUCCUUACAUGAACAACGGCAUGCCCUCGGAUGGACACUUUCAGAAUUUGUCCGACUGGAUUAAAGCGACUCGGCAAACCGAGUGAAAGGCGCCAAGAAAUGAAAAACGAAAGCAGCUCCAACAAGAACACUCAUCUUGUUUCUUUCUUUUUUUUUUUUUGCAAAGUCAGAAAUUUUGCUUCACCCGAGGCUCAGCAGGCGUUUGCUCAGUGAGAGUUCGAUCCAUACAUGUAAGGUUUUGUGGCAAUGACAAUGGGUCAUCGUCGUUCACAAACAACAUCAAGCAAAUGGACUUUCUGGAUAAAUUUAAGACGAGGAGUUGAAGACAAAAGUCUUUGUCAUUUUGGUGCCCCAACCUCUGAUUUAAUUGUUGCGUGCUUGAUUGGUUGGUUUUGCUUCCAGCUGUUCUCCAGGUUUUUUGUCGAAACCUCUAAAGGGGUUGAACCAUGUUUUUUAUUGUUGUUGGUGACUUUAUCGCAUAUUGUUUCCAAGCAAGAGUUACAUUAUUGAAGAAGUGAAUGUAUUACUUUCUUUAUUUGAUUAUUAUUUUCCCCAGUGAAGUAGGAUUCACUGUCAACUUAGUGUAUGACAAAUGUUUUGUUGUUGGGGUUGAGACACAAGUGAGGGUAAUUACUUUUAUUGCUUUAUUGUCACGGGUUGACUUUUUUUUUUUGUUUCUUUGUAGAAGUUGCUCGUAUCUUACUUACGUCUCAGUACAAAAAUCUUUUUUUUUUUUUUUUUUUUUAAUUAUUAUUUGUUGUGUUGUUUGUGCACUCUGUACAUACAUGUUAGCCACAGUUGAGAGUGGAAGCAGUGACCCUGCUGAAACACUCAAGGACUGGCGAGGUACUGAAAUUUCCAUUGAGGAAGUGGGAGGAAGCACAUUCAGUGGUGUCUUUCCUCUGUAAUGACUAUGUCAUAACAGCGAUCACAUGGAUGUGUUAUCCAGAGUUCUCAGAGCAUUUCUAACAUGUUUUAUAGAUACACACAUGUUUAACAGUUGAUGCUCUUAGGGAGGAUGAACCCCAAAAAAAUAAAAAUAAAUAUAUAUAUGUCGCUUAUGGAUUGAUCGACAAACACCUUCUCUCGUGAGGCAACUUUGUCAAACUUAGCCCGGCUAACGUAUUUUCUUACUUCUCCAGAAAAGUUUGUUUGGUAUAUUAUAUUUCAGCUCUGUACGUGUAACUAUUUCUGUGUUUUUCCUUAUUAUCUGUAUGAUCAAUCUUAAUAAAUAAAGUGUGUCAUUUUAUAUACGA